GAGAAGUUGGAGACAGCAGUAGACGACAGGACCGAUCAGCAGAACGGAAAGAAGCACAGUCCCGGUGUUUGCAUUUGCCGAACCCGUCCACAAACCAGCACAGACCACCCGUCUCUGCGUCCAGGCCCCCAUUAGCAGUUUCUGGCGAUCCGGCGUACCGUACUCUGGCCCGGUUGAAUCAGACAGGAAAACCCGUUUCUCCAUCUGCACACGCCUUCUUGGCUUGGAGUCGACAAGAGCAGCUUCAGCGACCCAAUUGAACACGGCAUCCCUAUUCUGUUGCGACACACACACACACACACACACCAUGGACGACCAGCUGGACUUCCAGUGGAACGACAUCCACCAGCUCGACAAGAUGUUCAGCAUGGCGACGUCGGGGGACGCCGACGGCAGCCACGGACAGAACGAGGACCAGGACGAGGACCAGGACCAGGACCACGGCGCCGCCGACGACGGCUCUACGGGCAACGGCAGCAGCACGCCCGACAGCCACGGCCACAAACAUGCUCUCCCGUCCGGACGGGAGAGCACGGCGGCGGCAGACAGGAACGACCGCCACCCCGGGUCGGCUGCCACGACGGCCACGACCUCGAACCUGAACCCGAACCUCACAGACUCCACCACCCCGUCCAGCGCAAACAACGACUACAUGCUCUUUCUCAACUUGGCGACGCCGAACUCCGGGAUUGACGACGCCGACGGAGGUCCUGCGAGGAGCAGGGACAAGGACAAGGAGAGAGAAAGGGACGCUGCGGGUCGACACAGCACCAAGGACUGGGGCAAGGACAGCGACCUCGACCACAGACCGCCCACGGGCUCCGCAGAGAUCGGAGACGGCGACCCCAACGGCGCCGGUGCGUUUGGCAGGUUCUCCUUCGACAACAUGGAAGCUUCCCACCUCGGCUAUAUCGUUGACCAGCGACAUCAGCACCCCCAGCAGCAGCUACUGUACUCCGCCGUGCCGAACCCACAGCCCCCCUCCACCCAAACCCGCUCCAGAAUCAACAGCGUCGAGUUCACCCCGCUCCUGUCUCCCAUGAUCAACCCCUCGCUAGAACGCGUUAACUCAAACAAGGGCAAGUCCGGAUUUUCUCCCCUUUCCUCCCCCGUUCUCGAGUUCCAGAAGUACAACAACACCACGUCCUUGAGACAGAAGCGGAAAGACCCGCAUGACGCUCAUGCGGCGUCGUCCUCGGUCAAGGCCAACAGCGCCAACAGCACCUACUCCGACCAGCCAAGCGGAAAUGGCUCUGGCGCCGACCAGUCUGGAAACCUCAGCCUGAAGUUCGAAAACUCGGACGCCAGGUCCUACAAACGCUCGAAGACCCCAGUAUCCACCCCACUGCUGUCGACCAUGGACAGAAAGUCUAAAGUCUCCUCUAACAGAAACUCGAGCUCCACGGGCUCCUCAACACAAACUACGCCGUACCAGACCUAUGUUUUCAAGCAGCAGCAGUUCCCGCCUUCGAAGGAAAACUCUAUGACUCUCAAGCCGACCAGUAUCUCUGCCUCGAGCAAUAUGGACUAUCCAGGAAAUUCGUUCUUAGAUGCCUUCGAUGGCGAAUUGACUCUACCGCCCCCUCCAACAGCAGGCGGCAAAGGGUUGAUUUCAGAAAAUGACGGGUUUGUCAUGCCCUCUGCUGCCUUCAACUCUAAUAUCACCGGAAACCAUAAUGACAACAACGAGCUGACCAUGGCUCUGAACUCAGCUUCAACCAUCUUCAACUCCUCUUCUGCCAACCACUCGAAAAAAAACAGUGUUCUUUUGAACCCAAACCACCAUAAAUCGGCCCAGUCCUCUCCCGUCAUCCUACCUUCGAGUUCAAUAGUCCUGGGUUCUCCGAGAAUGGAGCCAAAGUCACUGAAUGCAAGAUCUUCACAUGCUUCUUCAGCUUCGUCCAGCUUCAGACCCACUAUCAACACGUCCAAAUUUGCAAACUCGUCCUCGUCGUCCCUCAAUACGAUCUCCAACUUGAGCAGUAGUAACGUUUCAGCGGUAGGAACAAAUAUCUUAGGAACCCCACAGAUCAAUUCGCUUCCUACGAUUCCACCGUCUCAUUCUGAAGACGAUGGGGCAGAGACCCGUUCGGGCUCAAACGCAGGAAAUAUCAGUAAUGGUGAAUACCAACACCACCAUCAUCACUACCACCACUCUGACAAGAAGAUGUCUCACAAACUAGCGGAACAGGGCCGUCGUAACAGGAUGAAUAUUGCGAUCCAGGAUCUGGAGAAAAUGAUCCCUGAAUCCAUGAAGCGAAACAUCACUGUGCCAAGUAAAGCAACGACUGUUGAACUUGGGUGCAGGUACAUCCAAGACUUGCUACAUCAACUACAGAACGUCAAGGACGGAAGCAGUGACGGCAGUUUCGGGGUAGGUGAAAAACUCGUCAAGACUGAAAGCAUCAGUCCACUAGAUCAUCUGGAGAAUUCCAGCAACCACCUCCACCACCAUCACCAACACAACAGUACCAACAACAAUAAUAACGACUUUUCUGAUAGCUCAGUGUAAUUUGCUACAUUCUAUGGUUAUGCGUAACUCAACCUCUCUUAUAUAUACAUCUUUAUGACUCUUCCUAUUCUACUUUAUACUAAUUAAUUCUACACCUUUAAUUAAAAUGCGAUAAUGAUGGCAUC